CACAAUCAAUCACGGGUCAGCACAUUCGAUCGUUGGUUGUUGGUUGCUGGUACGCACGCACAAAAUGGUUAACACUCCGUACAUAAUCAAUGAAAUUUAUGACAUUCUUCAGAAGUCCUCUCCGUUCGAGUUGACAUUGGAGGCCUUGCUAGCGUUGGGUGUGAUAUGGAUAGUGUUAUACAAACGCACCACUAAGAAGCUGCCCGUGUCCGAGGAAGAAAUUCUUGCACGAUGGACACCGGAACCGCUCGUGGCCGAGGUGCCGCAAGAUCACCCCGCACUGAAAACGAAAAUUGUAACCGGACCUGUCGGUAAGAUGGUUAAUGUAAACGGUAAGGAAUGCAUCAACAUGGCUACACACAACUAUCUUGGGCUGGCGGAGGACGAAGACAUUAAGCAGGCAGCGAUAAAAAGCUUGCGAAAGUACGGUGUAGGUUCGUGCGGUCCACGCGGAUUCUACGGCACGGUGGAUGUGCAUCUGGAGCUGGAAGAGCGAUUGGCGAAGUUUAUGCAGUUAGAAGAAGCCGUCGUGUAUUCGUAUGCAUUUUCAACGAUAGCUAGCGCAAUUCCGGCGUAUGCCAAGCGAGGAGACUUAGUCUUUGUUGAUGAAUGUGUAAAUUUCGCCAUUCAAAAAGGUUUGGACGCUUCACGCAGCAAGAUCUUCUAUUACAAACACAACGAUAUGGACGAUUUGGAGCGACUGCUUCAGAAACAACAGGCGGAAGAUAAGCGCAAUCCGGCAAAGGCCAAAAAAACGCGCCGGUUUCUGGUGGCCGAAGCGAUUUACAUGAACACGGGUGAAGUGUGCCCACUGCCCCGGUUGGUGGAGCUAAGGGCGCGCUACAAAUUGCGUCUUUUCUUGGACGAAAGCCUAUCGUUCGGUGUGCUGGGUGACUGUGGCCGUGGUCUGAUCGAGCACUGCAAUGUGGAUAAAACGGAAGUUGAUCUGGUGUCGGCCGGUCUUGAAUGGUCCGCCGCAACGAUCGGUGGAUUCUGUGCCGGUUCGUCGUUCAUUGUCGAACAUCAGCGGCUCUCGGGGUUAGGAUAUUGCUUUUCUGCCUCACUACCACCGUUACUUACCCAGGCCGCUAUCAGUGCGCUGGAUCGAUUCGAAAGCAAUCCGCGAAUAUUCGUCGAGCUCAGAGAACGCUGUCGAACGGUUUCAGAUAAACUUUCUCAACUGAAGCAUUUCCAAGCGAGAGGUGAUCCCUUAUCACCCGUCAAGCAUUUAUAUCUGAAGCACAAGCACGAAUGUUGGGCACACGAAAAGAUGCUGCUGGACGAGAUUUCUACAGAGUGCAUAGACAAUGGGUUGGCCGUAGUUGCAGCGGAAUAUCUGGAAAACAUGGAGAAACAUUGUCCAAGGCCCAGCAUUCGAUUAACCGUCAAUCGUUUGCUGUCGGACAAGGAUUUGGACGAUGCGUUCCGAAUUUUGGAACACGUUUCGGAAAAGGUUCUCGCGAGUGCGGGUUAA